GGUUGGAUAUCCACAAGGAGUCUACAAUCGAAACACAUCUCUUCAUACUUCCACAAGACGAUAUAGACCCGACCUUUCAUACUUGGCAUUGGAUGCCUGCCUUGCGAGAGGAGAGGAAAAGGGUCCCGAUAAUGAUGACGAUCCAGGGGAAGAACUAGUUUCAAAAUUGACAUGGACGUAUGGAAAUUGCCCAUAUAUAUUCGGGUAUCAUGCAAAAUGUGCCACAGUGACAUACUGUUAUUUGUACACUGAAGGUGAAGAGAUUAAGCGUAAGGAUCUGAUCACAGUUAACCUAAAUGAAUUGGAAGGACGCCUCCAAGCUUUCGCUAUCGGAAGGAACAUUGGCCGACUAUUGCCUCUACUUCGUCAAACCCUCCCAGGGUAUUUCCAGCGGGAGUUUACCAUACUUCACCGAUCAGGUGGCAAGGUGGUCGAGUUUAUGCAAGCGGUAGUUGUCAAACGCUACCCUGAGGUGGCAUUUGUUAAUAAUCUCAAGGCCUAUUAUGAUAUAAUGGCUAAGAACCAAGUUCCUUUCAUUGAUCGAUUGGUGCACAUAAACACUGAGGAGGGGAAAACCCCAUUCGUGAUCCUUUCUCCAAAGGGCAUGGUGCAUAAACCACAAUCAUUAGAAAAACUAAUCAUAGCAUUGUAUUGUGUAUUAACUGCCCUUAAGUCUCUUCACAGCUUGAAGAUCAUGCAUCGUGACAUUCGCUGGGAGAAUGUGCUGAAGAAUAUUGAGAAGGACAGAUGGUUUAUUAUUGACUUCGAUGAUGCGUGUUCUUCACCUUCGUCUAUUCCUCACAACGCAUUGGCUUACGAGAGCCAUGCACCAGAGAUUUUUACUGGCGUUCAUGAUACGAGCGUGGAUAUCUGGUCGGUUGGGUAUCUCAUUCUGACAACGUCUGUGAAACACGAACCAUUAAUCGAUUACGCAAAGAAGAUGAUGGCAAAAAAUUAUCUGGAGAGGCCAACAGCUCACGAAUCGUUACAGUGGCUUUGGAGUAAUUUUGAAGACGUUCUCAAGGGAGAAGUUUUGAA